CCAACAUUCCACAGGUUACAUGUUUCCUGCUCGUACAGCAUAGCCUAUGCUCGUUGAUGACAAUCCCUUGAAAUCUUUGAUGAUCGUACAGAAGCCGAGAUGAGCUCCUCUCGUUGAUCUUUUGCUUCAUUCCACGCAGAAAUACGCUUCUUGUUGCUCGCAUUGCUACUUGCAUACCGCUAUUCCGCUCACCAAGUUCACCGCAGUUUCUGUUGAAGACCACAACGAAGUAGCACCGGCGAAGAGGCCCUGGUGAUGAUGGUGGACCAGACUUCUACUCGGGAGGAUCCCCUGGUAGCAGCUCUGCCUCCAGCCACAGACUACAUAACAUAUUUGACCCUGCUGGAGUAUCAACUGACCCCUGAGAACCUGCCGACUCUGAACAGAUUGCUCAACGAAGAUGAUGGCAAACUGGCGGCAGAGAUAGGCUGGGAUCUUCUAAGGUUGAUACUCCCCAUGUUGAACCCCGCUCCUGAGGAAGCCGUUCGAUGCACGGAAAUCGUAGCUCGCAGAGGAAAUCCCCGGGAAGUGGUGGUUCGUGUGGCAGAAGAGCUGGAAAAACUGGGUGACCCAGCUGACGAUUUCGAAGACGAUGAUCUUGAGGACGAUGAUGACGAUGAUGCUCUUCCGACCUUCGCUGGAGAAGCACCUCGUGUCCACCUCGGAGAUAUGACUCUCGAAGGUAUGCCGGAAACUGAACAACAUGCUGAGGCCAAUUCCAGAAAUACUGUCCAACCACCAGCAGGAUCGAGCAAGGCAAUAAAACUCCAGGCACUGUUGAACAUGCUCGGCAUUCUUCACCCAAGGAUCAAAACACAAUAUCCAAGUCGCUUCCUCGCCACCUCUUUGCCAGCAGCGCUUGGGGCAUACCGACAAAUACCCAUUACCACAGCCACCACGUCCGCAUUUCUGACGAUGCUAGAGAAGCUCGCUGGAAAGAAGCGCCCUGACCUACCUCCACGAGUAAGCACCUCCAACAUCAAGCCGGCACCAUCGUCUGCACCUCUACCCGACCCAGAAGCCAAAGCAGAAGAGGAAGAGACAGGCGUCAAGGCACCAUCGGAUGAAGAAAAAGCCAUUGUCCACCGCCUCCUAAGUGCAGUCACCCUGGAAGUUCUAGACGAAUACCUGUCAUGCCUCUCAUCUCCCGAACACCCGUCAAUGUCAUGGACAGCACGUCUUCGCGAGACUCUCGAACCACAAAGAGUGAAUUCCCUUAGAGUCAAAGAAACCCAGCUCUGGAAGGAAACAGAAGAACUGAAACAGCAAGACACACUUCUCUCGAAAUUCCACAAGCUCUGCACCGAGCUUGAUGUGCACUCCAGCAUCGAGAUCAAAAAGGUCGUGCACGAUGAAGUCGACCUCGAACACCCUGACCAAGACAAAGAGGAGGAACCAUCAGAGUAUCCAACAUCACCCGCACAGAUCCCCUUUCCACGCGCGGGCGUAAUCUUCCUCCACGCCUACGAAUCUUUCCUCGCUGCUCAAGACGCAUCGCCCGUCCUCUCGACCACCGAACUCACAAAGCUCAUCGCCCACUCAUUCCCACUUUCAGCGACACCAUCCAUCCCGAACCCAGCCCUCCAAGACUCACUACUAUCCCUCCUCUACAAGCACGCCCUGCCAAAUACCAAGCCCGACGCCCCGCCCUCACCAGCCAAACUCCUCCUCCUCAUCAGCACGCUGACCCAACUAUUCACCAUCACCCCUUGGGCCUCACUACGCGACUCAGCACACCACAUCGCCACAAGACUUCUCCACGCCCACCCGGACCCAAACAUGCGCCUGCAAGUCAUUACACAAACCCUGCGCGGCAGCACCUUGAGCACCAACUGGGCCGAGACUUUCGACGACCCAGACCCAGAGCCAGGAAUCGACGAAGAAACAGGUCUAACGAGAAGCACGUCAGCACUCCAACCUCAUCCCAUCCCACUCGCGCCGCCCCAACAACUCCCCGCUCUCAAGGCCAUUGGCGUGAACUGGCUGAAAGACGAGUUCGCAGCCUGGACACGCGAUAAAUUCAGCGGCAUUGAACCAGCGUUCCUCACCACGGCAGACAACGACACCAACGAAGCCCGCGCACUGCUCUAUCUGCUCUUCCCCGCAAACCUACAACCCCUGUCGUCCGACACAAUCAGCACAGAUCCUGAAUCCGACACCCUGGGAUCUUUCCUGCUCGACAUCGCGUUCUACAUAUCCACGCUGAACCUACUCUGCAUAGUCCUCCCGCAUUUACGCCCACUAAACGACCGCGUGCCCAUGCACAUCACCUCGCUGAGUGAAUCUUCCGAGUUUCUCGUCCAAUUGCUCCAGCACGCUACGUCGGCGUCGAAAGCUGCGGGCCUCUCCGCAGGAGGCGAAGACAGCUUCCUGGACGACAGUCGCGCCGACAUCAUCGCACUGCAGGAUGCGUGUACUCGGGUCAAUGCGGCUCUGGAGCACGCUGGGAAUGUUGCUUGAAACUUCGACAACCAUGUCGACCGGCUUCCGUGGUCGACAUUGGCUCAAGUACCCCCAUCGCAUUGCCACUCACUGUGUUUGAAAAGUAUUAUCUAUGACGAUGGAUGACCUGCUGCGAAAACAUUGGCGUAGUCAGCAGAAGCUGGUUUAUCUUAGCCGAUGAACAAUGGAAAAAUUGCCCUUC